CCGUCGUCGCGGAGCUGUUAUCGUUUCCACGACACCUAGAGCCAGAAGCAGACACAACUAGUACACUCGAAAUGUCGGGCGAUGAUUUUGGGCCCCUUGAAGAAGGCAGUGAAGCACACCAUGCAGUGUAUUGUUGCCGCACCGGGGCCGAUAAAAGUGCCGCACACCAAAAGCACUCAUGAAGCACUAAAAGCGCGGAAAAUGAUAAAAGAGCGCAUGGAUCAUUCCUUGUCGAUUUUGAGCUUUUAACCAAAGUGGUGAUAAAGUGUUUGUUUUCUUAGAACUUUGAUUCGGCGACCGCCAGACUGCUUGUGUGCUUCUUAUGGCUGACUAUCGGUGGCACACGGCGCAGAUAGGAGUUCCAGCAGAAGCUGCUCCCACGGGAACUGCCCCUAAAGCGAGCGCCAACACUCUCAUCAGAUUCAGAUGAGCCGAUUUUAGGUCGAAGUCGCUCACCCUCGGGGCACAGAGCGAGCCAGGGGGUCGCCUCGCUGCGAAGCUGAUACAACUGAUACAGCAAACAGCUUCUCUUCCUGGCUACUGGUCAACACUUUGCGUAUAGGUGAAGGCCGGCGCCACCUCGCCAUGCAGGCCACGCAGCCCCGCACGCAGCGACGCACCGCGCUGACCGAGCUGGACACGCUGACGCGGUGGCUGUGGCUGCUGUGGCGCAUGGCGCUGUUCUGCUCGCUGCUAGGCUCCCCGAUGCCGCUCGUGGUGCCGGACGGGCUGCUUCGCCUCGGCCAGGCGCUGCGGUCGCUGCGCCGCACCGUGCCCAGCCUGGCCAGCCAGCGCGCCGAGACGCCCUACCCGUUCCGUCCCGACGACGGGCACCGCCUGCGCGCCGAGUUCGAGGCGACGCACGGCCCGCGCGGCCAGCACCUCGUCGACAAGCUGGGCGGGCCGGCCGACUACAGCGAGCACCCCAGGCAGUACCUGGCGCCGCCCGCACCGCCCUCACCGGCCGCCCGCCAGCGCCGCCCGUUCACCGGGUGAACCCCCUGCACUGUGAAAGGGAGACGUGAAUCUUGACGGUGAUUUCCCACUGCAUUCCUCGAAUUCUGAGAGGAAGCGGAGACAAUGUUGUGGCCCGGUGAACGCGCUGACGAACAGCUUUAAGAUGGAGUGGAUGGCUUUGUGCCUGCAUCAGGCUCGCAGAGCAAAAUCACAGCGACUGAAAGAAUAA